CUUCUUCCAUCCACCAAAUUUUUCAAAAUGGCAGAAUCCGAAGAAUAUAAGACUGUCAUUGGUAUUUCUUUUGGAAACCAAAAUAGUUCUAUCUCUUUUAACAGAGAUGGAAAGACUGAUGUUAUGGCAAAUGAAGAAGGAAACCGCCAAAUUCCUUCCAUUUUGUCUUACCAAGGUGACCAAGAAUACCAUGGUGUUCAAGCUCGUGGCCAACUUGUUCGCAAUGCCGACAAUUCCGUAACUAACUUCCGUGAUUUGCUUGGCAAGUCUCAUCAAGAAGUUACAAACCACCACUGCCAUUAUUCAGCUACUCCUAUUAACGUAGAGGGACAAGUGGGCUUUAAGGUCACCGUCCAAGAGGAUGAGGAAUCUAAACCAAAGGAAAAGAUCGUUACUGCUCAAGAAGCCAGUGCUCGCCACUUGCAACGUCUUCGUGAAUCUGCCCAAGACUUUUUGGGUGUUAAGGUCGAUGGUUGUGUUAUGUCCGUCCCUGUUUACUUCACUGAAAAUCAAAGAAAGGCUUUGGAAGCUGCUGCUGCCCAAGCUGGCCUCCCCAUCCUUCAAUUAAUUCAUGACCCUGCUGCUAUUCUUCUUGCACUCAUGUAUUCUGAGUCCGUUCUUGUCGAUAAGACUGUUGUCGUUGCCAACUUUGGUGCUAAUCGCUCGGAAGUUUCCGUUGUUUCUAUUAAGGGUGGUAUGAUGACCAUCCUAUCUACUGCUCACGAUGAAAAUCUUGGCGGUGAACAAUUGACUGAUGUUUUGGUCAAAUAUUUUGCUAAGGAGUUUGAAAAGAAAAAUGGAAUUGAUCCCCUCAAAAAUGCUCGUUCUGUUGCAAAGCUCAGGGAACAAUGUGAACUUACCAAGCGUGUUCUCAGCAACAAUACCAAUGCCUCAGCUGCGGUUGAUUCUCUUGCUGAAGGCGUUGAUUUCCAUGCUACCCUUAACCGCCUUCGUUUUGAACUCGCCGCCGCUGCUCCUUUGAACCGUAUGUCUCAGCUUGUUGAGGAAGCUGUUAAGAAAGCUAAUUUGGAGCCUUUCGAUGUUACUGAAGUGAUCUUGGCUGGUGGUGCUUCCAAUACCCCCAAGUUGACUUCUUUAAUGGAAGGGAUCUUCCCUGAACAGACUGCUAUCCGCUCCACUAGCUCUGUUACCCCUUUGCCUUUUGAAGCUUCUGAACUCACUGCUAUUGGUUCUGGUGUUCAAGCUUCUUUGGUUGGUCACUUUGAACCUUCUGAUAUCGCUUCUUCUAUGGAGCCCGCCAUCGUUGAAGCUCCUCAUCUUACUGCUCCUAUUGGUAUUAACGAGGGUGAAAACUUUGUUACCGUCUUUGACAUUGAGACUGCCUUGCCCACCCGUAAAAUUGUUGAGGUUGUUACCCCUAAGGAAGGUGGUGCUUAUAUCCCUGUUUUUGAGGCUGAGCGCUCAGUCAAGGUUACUAAGGUUGAAUCCGAACCUUUAGAUGAAGAGGAGGCACUUUCUGACGAAGAAGAGGAGGAGCCUGAGGAAGUCAAGGAACGCAUUGCUGUCCCCAAGACCUUACUUGCUACCAUUAACAUUCCUGAUGUCCCAGCCAACUCAAAGGUUGAAUUGGUUCUUCAAUUAGAUGUUGAAGGAAACCUUACCGCUACUGCUCGUCCCAAGGAUGGUAAGGGUUCUAGCGUUCGUGGAUCUACUGCAUAAAAUUAUGGUUUUUGGUUGGUAAAAACGUCUAGUAAUUCUAUAAUAUAUGAUUCCCUAAAUUUACUAGUGUAUUGUUUCUAUGUGAUGCACACGUUUGGAUCUCUUUUAUACUACUUUACAUCACUAUAAGAAAAAGGUGAAAGGUCUGAAUAGUAGAUGGUAUGGGUAAAUAUGUUUCUACUUUUUUGGAUAUUUUACAGACAAUGGAUUUAUAGCGUUGCGUUGACGUGGUUUAACCAAGUGGUUGUAGUUGGUAGUUGCAUUAAAUUUCAAGUUUUCCAUCCGCAAUUAAUUAAAAGAUUAUUCAGG